UAAUAUUAUAUAAUAACAAAUUGCUUCUACACAUUAUCGAGCCGGUAAAUGGAUUAGCUUUUGUUUUUGUGUAUACUUUUAAUUUUUACUGUUAUUUGUAAGCCAGCGUCAAAGACUGACUAAAUAACUAGUAGAAAUACAUAUUAAUUAAUAAACAUAUUUUAUAUACACCGAAUUAUAUUUCACUGGAGAAUUUAGAUAUAUAUUAUAAUAUACAUUAAAUAGGUACUCUAAAAAUGGGCGAUUUAAUGGAUUGUUUAGAUUACAAUUUAUUCGUAAAUAUUUUAACGUCGUUAAAGAGUAAAAGUGACUUAAAAUGGACAUUCAAACCCUUGAAUACUGGACAAGUUGCUAACUCACAAGGAAAACAUCUAACAAAUUAUGAAAAAAAAAAAAUACUAGAACAAAAUAUAAAAUUAACAAUUCUGAUGGUAAUACCAAUAAACAGUAUUGGUUUAGACUAUGCUACAAACAAAGCAAUGGAAAUACUUGAAGAUCUCCAGAGUAUUAAAAAAAAUACAACUAUUAGAAUGAUGGGAUUCGUUUUAAUUAAAAUUCUGAAAUCAAAACUCCAAGGUUUAUAUAUAAAUGAACAAAAACUGAUAAUGAUGAAAUCCAACUUUAACAAAACUCCAGUGAUAUUUGUUCCAAGUCAUAGAAGUUACCAAGAUUUUAUAUUAAUGGCAUUCAUAUGUUUCAAUUAUAAUAUUGAUAUUCCAUAUGUUGCUGCAGCAAUGGAUUUUAAAAAUAUGAAAAUAAUGGGGAAUGUGUUGAAACAAUGCGGUGCUUUUUUCUUGCAUCGAGGAACAAAUGCACAAGACAUUAUAUACCGAUCAGUGUUAUAUACUUAUGUCAAACACUUGAUAACUUAUGAAAGUUCGCCAUUACAAUUUUUUAUUGAAGGUACACGCAGUCGGUCUAAUAAGUCUAUUCAUCCAAAGCUAGGGAUACUUAAGUGUAUUGUAAAUGUUUUAUUAAAAAAUGAAGUUGAAGAUAUCAUAUUUGUUCCAAUAUCAAUUAAUUAUGACCGUCUACUUGAGGACAAAUUAUUUAGUUAUGAACUUCUAGGAAUUCCUAAACCCAAAGAAACAACGUUGGGAUUAAUAAAUAGCAUUAAAAAUAUGGAUGACCAAUAUGGAAAUAUUUAUAUUAAUUUUGCUUCUCCCUUUUCACUUCAAAAAUAUAUUAAAGAUAUUAAUGCAAAUGGAAGAAAUAAUGAAAAUAAUAUUAUAUCAGCUCUUGCUCAUGAAAUUGUUUAUAGGCAACAACAUAAUAUGAUUUUAUCAUACUUCAACAUUUUAUCAGUUGCACUGAUUUAUAACUUAUCUAAAAAUAUGACUGAAGCUAUUCAUUUAGAUGAAAUAAUAAAUCAAAUAAGUUGGAUAAGUACACUAUUUAAAAAAUGCGGGGCUCAAAUUGAAGUGCAAGAUAUUGAUAUUACUAGUAGAAUUAUUGACACUAUUCAACUGCAUAAACACUUUGUAACAUUAAAGGAUAAUAUAAUACAUUUUCAAAAAAACUAUUCGAAACACAACAUUUAUCCAAUUGAGUUAUCAGAGAAUAUAAAUUUUAAAACUGAGUUGUUUGAUUAUGCAUUCCCAUUGAUUUUAAAUCAACUUUACGUCAAUCCUUCAUUACAUUUCAUUAUAAAUAUUGCAUUUAUAAUUAUAAUUUCAAAAUGUCAAAUAAUUUGGAAAAAUGACAUCUUGGACCUAGAGGGAAAGUUUUUUUUAUUAAGAAGAUUAUUUGAGUUUGAGUUUGUAUUUUUUCAUGGCUGUCAGAAAGAAGAUUUUAAACAUAGUGUUUCAAUUUAUCUUCAUACUAAUGAAAAAGAAAAAGAACUACUUCGUUAUUUAACUAUUAAUCCUUAUGUAAUAUGCUAUCGACUGAUCUAUAGUUGUUUGAUAAACGCUCCUCAAAAAAUAAUUUCAGAGGAAUUUAUUUAUAAAUCAAUUCAUAUGAAAGUUGAAGAAUUGCACUCACAUCCCUACGGAUUAAUUAAAGAUGUAAUCCAAUCUGCUUUAAAUGGGCUUCAUAAAAUGGAAAUAAUUAAAAAAUAUAAAAAAAACGAUACAAUAUUGUAUGAAAUAAAUAGAACUAUUAUAAUGGAGUUAGUUCAAAUAUUUGAUAAUAUUAUAUCAAAUGGGAACAAUUUAUUGAAAUCAAACAUUUAACCUAAGAUAUUAGAUGAUAUUAAACGUAGAUACCUAUAACUAAUUAUUAUAAUUAAAUUCUACCUAUUAGCUAUUAAGUAUGGAUACUUAUGUUUUUUUCUCAGAAAUUUUAAUUUUCAAACAUUUGUAUGAUCUAAUUAUUAUAAUUAUUUAUUAUUAUUUUAUUUUUUUUUUUGUAGCUGCAUAUUAUAACAUAUUAUAACUACAAGUAUACUUAACUAGGUAUAAACAUGAAUUAUCAAUAUAAUAAAAUAGUAUGCGUUUUAUGGAUGCCGACGUAAUAAAUGUUAGAAAGUAU